AUGGCUCGCCCCACCGACGACCUUCCCUCACAUGCUUCACCCGUCAUAUCGCCCGUCCCUCGGCCUUCAUCCGCGUACUUGGGUGGCUGGUCCGAUCUCGACGACAAUGCUUCCCCUACGCCUGGGCUACCAAACAACUUGAUAUCCCCUGCAUUCACUCCGCCUGCUACUCCAGGAGCCGGAACCCCUUCCCGCCAUCUCCAGUCCGAGCCCAAGUCCAUUCCCGUCGACACAUCCGUCGACGACCCCUCAACAAAGCAACCCCGCUUGCUCGAGAGACUACCGCACGUAGAAUGCCUGGUCCGGGCACGGAUACCCACGACCUCGGGGGCCGAGAUGUUUCUGCAUUUAUAUCAGAAUGAUUCAGACAACAAGGAACACUUGGCGAUUGUCUUCGGCAAUAAUAUACGCAGUCGGAGUCUGGAUGCCGAGAUGCCCGGGGAAACGGAGAUGGAUCGCAUGAUUCGUGGCGCUUAUGUCGGAAGAUUGAGACCAGGCCGAACGAGUUCGAGAAUCGAUGCUCCUGAGCAGAGUAAGAGGCCACUCAACAAGCGGCACAGGAGUGGCUCGGCGUUGAAGAACGUGACGACGGUGCCAGAGGACGGUGUUGCCGAGACUGCACCAUCAGAGGGCGCUGUUAAGGCCACGGGCACUUCUCAAGAUGUUCAAAACUUGGAGUCGCCCCAUCAUCCCAUCGCUAGCCUGGGUGGUGUCCUCGAGAACAUACAACUGAUCACCCAUUCACUCGGUAAACCACCUCUCGUCCGAAUCCACUCAGAAUGCUAUACAGGCGAAACAGCCUGGUCCGCUCGCUGCGACUGUGGCGAACAGCUCGACGAGGCCGCCCGAUUAAUGUCCCUGCCAGGCUCUACCGGCGGUGUCAUAGUUUAUCUCCGCCAAGAGGGACGAGGAAUUGGUCUCGCGUCGAAACUCAAGGCGUACAAUCUGCAGGAUUUGGGGAAUGACACAGUUGAAGCAAAUUUAUUGCUCAGACAUCCGGCCGAUGCCAGAACUUACGGACUUGCUACUGCAAUUCUGCAAGAUCUCGGACUUGGCACCGACAGUGAUGCGCAAAAACCCGAGGCAGAGAGAGGCAUCAGGCUUCUCACCAACAACCCGGAUAAAGUGCGAGCUGUUGAAGGGCCCAGUAAGGAGGUAAGAGUCAAGGAAAGGGUACCCAUGAUCCCUCUUGCAUGGAGGACGGCUGGCGCAAAGGGUGUCAGAGGCGCGGAGAUUGAGAAAUAUCUCGAGACCAAGAUUGGGAGAAUGGGACAUAUGAUUCACGAAGAGUACUAG